GAAGUUUCAAAAUAAUCUGCUCUAGACACAAGUUCAGUCGAGGAACAAGAAACAUCUUCAUCAUUAUUCGUGCUGUGACUUGGUGAAGGACGAUGGCAUUGGAAGAAGAGCUGCUUCUGAAGACACUGAAGGAUCUAGUAAAAGAUGACCUAGAGGAGUUUCAAUGGCACUUGAAGAUACAUCAUAAAGAUAUAUCAAAUUCUGAAAUGGAGAAUGCAGAUAGGAUUAAAACAGUGGAUAUUAUGGUGGAACAUUUUGGACUAGAAGAAGCAGUGAAGAUCAUGUUGGAGAUCCUGAGGAAGAUGAACAAGAAUAAUCUGGCUAAUCAGCUGGAGAACAAUCACAAGCAAGCAACAGACAUAAGCACUGCACGGCCCCCGCGAGGAACAUCUUCAACUAGCUUUUCAGUCAUUUCCACCAACACUGCUCUCAACAACAGGAAUGACUUCCAAAAAUAUUCCCAUCAGCUCACUCUGGAUCUGAACACAGCAUAUAAACACCUCCGUCUGUCUGACAGCAACAGAGUGGUUUCUUACACUUACACAGUCCAGUCCUAUCCUGAUCAUCCAGACAGAUUUGAUUAUUAUCAUCAGGUGUUGUGUAGAGAGAGUGUGACUGGACGCUGUUACUGGGAGCUGGAGUGGAGUGGUGAUUGUGUGUAUAUAUCGGUGUCAUAUAAGAGCAUCCGCAGGAAGGGAAGUGGUGAUGAGUGUGUGUUUGGACAAAGUGCUAAAUCCUGGAGUCUGAUCUGCUAUCCUGACAGAUACUUUUUCAUGCACAAUGACACAUGGACUAAUCUCUCUGUGAAGUCCGUCAGCAGGAGAAUAGGAGUGUUUGUGGAUCACAGCGCAGGAACUCUGUCCUUCUACAGCGUCUCAGACACAAUGAGCCUCAUCCACAGAGUCCAGACCACAUUCACUCAGCCGCUCUAUCCUGGGUUUUAUCUUGAUUAUAAAUCAUCAGUGAAACUGUGCUGA